CAGAAUCAGAAAAAUGAAAUGGAAACCCAAAAGCAUCCCUCCUCAUCCCUUCUUCAAGAUUAAAGGGUAUCCAAGAAUUUACAUUUAAUUGAAAGGGAAAACGAAAAGAAAAGAAAAGAAAAGAAAAAGAGCAACAAAAGUUUACUGGUUCUGGUUGGCUCAUAACUUGUUUUAAGCAGCACAUCUAUACAAACAAAAACAAAAACACAAAAAAGAUAGAAAUUUUAUUUCCCAUUUGCAGAUGUUAGAACAUAGAAACCCUUAUAAAGUGGAAAACUGAAACAGAUGAUCGUUUCUUGGUUUCCAUCUGAAAUGGAAUCCCAGAUUUUCUCCCCCAAUUGGGUCCCUAUAAAACCCGCAAUUCACACACAUUGAGAAGUGGCUGUGUGUAAAGAAGAGUUUUUUGAAGAGGGGAAAAAAAAAGGGAACAAAAAAGAGGAAUCUUCACACAACUUUACAGGUGAAAGUAAUGAUGGCUUCAGGUUCAGGAGGAAGCAGAGCUUCAAAUAAUCCUCAGCAGCGACAAUUAAGAAGUGGAGUACAAGCUCAAUCUUCAGGAACAAGUCAGUAUACUGUGAAUCAUAAACAUCAGCAGCCUAGGGAGUCAGUGACAGUGAGCAAAGCUGUGGCUCAAUACACAGUGGAUGCUAGGCUUCAUGCUGUGUUUGAGCAGUCUGGUGAGUCUGGAAAGUCUUUUGAUUAUUCACAGUCUGUUAGAACUACCAUAAACUCUGUUCCUGAGCAGCAAAUUACUGCAUAUUUGUCUAAAAUUCAAAGGGGUGGUCAUAUUCAGCCUUUUGGUUGUAUGAUAGCUGUGGAUGAGAGUUCAUUUAGAGUGAUUGGUUAUAGUGAAAAUGCCCGGGAAUUGCUUGGUUUGACUCCACAGUCUGUCCCCAGUCUUGAGAGCCCUGAAAUUUUCACAAUUGGGACUGAUGUUAGGACUCUUUUCACCUCAUCCAGUUCUGUUUUGCUGGAGAGGGCAUUUGGGGCUCGAGAGAUUACAUUGAUGAAUCCGGUUUGGAUUCUGUCAAAGAUCACAGGAAAGCCAUUUUACGGUAUAUUGCAUAGGAUUGAUGUCGGAAUUGUGAUUGAUUUGGAGCCCGCUAGGACUGAGGAUCCAGCAUUGUCUAUUGCUGGAGCUGUACAGUCACAGAAACUAGCUGUACGAGCAAUUUCAUACUUGCAGUCGCUCCCCGGUGGAGAUGUUAAGCUUCUGUGUGAUACCGUGGUAGAGAGUGUGAGGGAGCUUACAGGGUAUGACAGGGUUAUGGUUUAUAAGUUUCACGAUGAUGAGCACGGUGAGGUUGUGGCAGAGAGCAAAAGGUCUGAUUUAGAGCCGUAUAUCGGAUUGCAUUACCCGGCCACUGAUAUUCCUCAAGCUUCCAGGUUUUUAUUUAAGCAGAAUAGGGUUAGGAUGAUUGUGGAUUGCAACGCAACUCCUGUUCGGGUGAUUCAGGAUGAAUCACUUAUGCAACCUUUGUGUUUGGUUGGUUCAACACUGCGGGCACCUCAUGGUUGCCAUGCUCAGUACAUGGCCAAUAUGGGUUCAAUUGCCUCAUUGACAUUGGCUGUUAUCAUUAAUGGAAAUGAAGAAGAGGGUGGCGGGGGCCGGAAUUCUAUGAGGCUUUGGGGUUUGGUGGUUGGUCACCACACUUCUGCUCGUUGUAUUCCUUUUCCUCUGCGCUAUGCCUGUGAAUUCCUAAUGCAAGCCUUUGGUCUCCAACUGAACAUGGAGUUGCAGCUGGCAUCGCAGUUGGUUGAGAAACGUGUUUUGAGAACACAAACACUUUUGUGUGAUAUGAUACUUCGAGACUCUCCCACUGGGAUUGUUACACAGAGUCCCAGUAUUAUGGACCUCGUGAAAUGUGAUGGUGCAGCUUUGUACUACCGAGGAAAGUACUAUCCAUUGGGUGUCACGCCUACUGAAGCCCAGAUAAAGGAUAUUGUACAGUGGUUAUUGGCUUACCAUGGGGACUCAACAGGUUUGAGUACUGACAGUUUGGCUGAUGCAGGGUAUCCUGGAGCAGCUUCCCUUGGUGAUGCUGUUUGCGGAAUGGCAGUGGCAUAUAUUGCUUCGAGAGAUUUCUUGUUCUGGUUUCGGUCUCACACUGCCAAGGAGAUAAAGUGGGGUGGCGCAAAGCAUCAUCCCCAGGACAAAGACGAUGGGCAGAGAAUGCAUCCUCGUUCUUCGUUCAAAGCAUUUCUGGAGGUGGUUAAAAGCCGUAGUUUGCCAUGGGAGAAUGCCGAAAUGGAUGCAAUCCAUUCACUGCAGAUUAUACUGCGGGAUUCGUUCAAGGAUGCUGAGGGAAGUAAUUCUAAAGCUGUAAUGCAAACUCAAGAUAUGGACCAUGAGUUGCAAGGGAUGGAUGAGCUCAGCUCUGUUGCCAGAGAAAUGGUUAGAUUGAUUGAGACUGCGACAGCACCAAUAUUUGCAGUAGACAUUGAAGGCCGAAUAAAUGGGUGGAACGCAAAGGUUGCUGAAUUGACAGGCCUGUCAGUUGGGGAAGCUAUGGGGAAGUCCUUGGUUCAUGAUCUCGUUCACAAAGAAUCAGCCCAAACUGCAGAAAAGCUUUUGCUCCAUGCUUUAAGAGGUGAAGAAGACAAGAAUGUUGAGAUAAAGCUGAGAACCUUUGGAGCUGAACAGCAUAAGAAAGCCGUUUUCGUGGUGGUUAAUGCUUGCUCUAGCAAGGAUUAUACAAACAAUAUUGUGGGGGUUUGUUUUGUUGGUCAGGAUGUUACUGGCCAGAAAGUGGUCAUGGACAAAUUUAUUCACAUCCAAGGUGAUUAUAAGGCCAUUGUACACAGUCCCAACCCUCUAAUUCCGCCUAUAUUUGCUUCAGAUGAGAACACAUGUUGUUCUGAGUGGAACACCGCCAUGGAAAAGCUUACGGGUUGGAGCAAAGGGGAAGUAUUGGAGAAGAUGUUGGUAGGGGAGGUUUUCGGUAGUUGUUGUCGGCUUAAAGGUCCAGAUACUUUGACAAAAUUUAUGAUCGUUCUUCAUAAUGCAAUUGGCGGGCAAGAAACUGAUAAGUUCCCUUUCCAAUUUUUUGACCGAAGCGGGAAGCUUGUGCAAGCUCUUCUGACAGCUAGUAAGAGGGUUAAUAUGGACGGUGAGGCUAUUGGAGCCUUCUGUUUCGUGCAGAUUGCAAGUCCUGAACUGCAGCAGGACCUAAAUAUCCAAAGGCAACAGGAAAAGAAAAGUUUCUCAAGGAUGAAAGAGUUGGCUUACAUUGUUCAAGAAAUAAAAAAUCCGUUAAGUGGAAUACGCUUUACUAAUUCUCUUUUGGAAGCUAUGGAUUUAACUGAAGAUCAGAGGCAACUUGUGGAGACAAGUUCUGCAUGCGAGAAGCAAAUGUUAAAGAUCAUAGGAGAUGUUGAUCUUGAAAACAUUGAGAAUGGUUCAUUGGAACUUGUAAAGUCAGAUUUCUUGCUGGGGAGUGUAAUAGAUGCUGUCGUUAGCCAAGUGAUGAUAUUGUUGAGAGAGAGGGGUCUGCAGCUGAUUCGGGAUAUUCCGGAAGAGAUCAAAACACUAGUUGUGUAUGGCGAUCAAGCAAGGCUUCAACAGGUCUUAGCAGAAUUCUUGUUGAACAUGGUGCAUUAUGCGCCAUCUCCAGAAGGUUGGGUGGAAAUUCAGCUUAGACCAAGUUUAAAGCAACUCUCCACGGGGAUAAAUAUUUUGCAUUUUGAAUUUAGGAUUGUGUGUCCUGGUGAAGGUCUUCCUCCCGAACUUGUUCAAGAUAUGUUCCACAGCAACCGAUGGGUGACCCAAGAAGGGCUGAGCCUAAACAUGUGUCGGAAAAUCUUGAAACUUAUGGAUGGUGAAGUUCAAUACAUUAGAGAGUCUGAGAAAUGUUAUUUUUUGAUUUUUCUUGAUCUUCCCAUGCAAGGGCGAGGCUCUAAGAGCAGCAUGACCUAGGCUAGGCUACUUUUGCCCACGAAUAUGCAUAUUUUCUGGAUGAGAGUCUUGACACUUGACUACAGCAAUUGGACUUGGUAUUCUCGCCAUUUUUUUCCAGACUGUUUCCUGAUUCACGUGAAACAGGUAAUUUGAACUGGAGGUUUUUUUUUCUCCUCUUUCCCCUUUUUGUAUUUUCACGAGAGUCAAGACUGCUUAACCAUAAUGAAUAUCGAGUUCAUGAUUGUUGCACUGCUCUUCAGCACAACACGCGAGUCCUUAGGUAAAAAAAAAAGAGUCAACUUGGACCGGUGUUGGUCGUUCAUUGCGAAAGCAUCCCCUAUAAGAACCACAGAAGGAUUGUAAACACUGAAAAUUUGUAUUCAAAAGCACAUAGUUAUUGUACUUAUGGGUUCUACUUAUCAACAAAAGAAUAAACAUCAAUGGAGAAAAGAGAAGCAACUUAUGAUGUUAUAUAGUCUUGGUAGAGAUUGUACUAUAGUUUACUUACCAUUUUAGUUUGUUAAAAGUUGGGUUUCUCUUUGUGUUGUCUUGCGGUUUUCUGUUUUUGCUUCAUUUCUCAAGUUUGCCAGAGGUGUGAAUUUCAUUUCACAUUGUGGCCUUAUAAAAGAGAGUUGUCCUAAGAUUUAUAUAAUGACUUUUGUUCUCAACUGACACAACAGAAACAAUAAUUCCCUCCUAUGUUUCACAGUUCUCUUCUAUAUUUGGCUUUACUAUAUAAUACUCCCUCUG